AAACAAACUAUGUGCAAUUUAUUUAAAUGUCUUUAGACGUUUUGAGCUUUGAGUUUUGUCAAAGUAGAAUGCUGUUUGUCAAAUUCAACGGAUAUUUUGAAUAGUAUGGUGUUAAAAACGCGUCAACUACUACAACAAUGGUUAGAAGUUGUGAUAAAAAGCAAUUGUAAAUAUGCGAAUUUUAAGGAACAAAUUAAAUCUAUAAAAAAUUCUGACUUUACAUUUCAAGAUCUUUUUACUGUUGUUUUAACAUUUUUUUCAGACACUCUAUUUCAAGAUGAAACAACUGUGUAUGAUUCUCCUGACCUUGUACUAAAUUUCUUCACCCAUAACUUUCAUUAUUGGUUUCCUACGUUGUGUAUUGAUGACAAAUUCAAUUCCUUUAUAAAACAAGCUUCUUGUAAGGCGAAUGUUGAUGAAAAUGAGUGUCUUCAGCAUUUAUGGGGUUGGCUUAUUAUUUUUUCGUUAAUGGAGGUCGGCGAAACGACAUCAUUCUUUGAAGAUAUAUCUUUGGAUGUUGUUACAAAUCUACAAGUUUUUAUGUAUACCAGUUUUAUUGCGAUAGUCAAUCCAGAAUCUACAUUAAAAAUGGAUGAUACUGAAAAGAGUUUGACAUUAUGCCUUGGGAGUGAAGAAAUUACACAAGUAUCACCAGAGAAAGUUCUAAAUCUAUCGCAUGAUAAAGAAGUUCCUCGCAAUCAAAAAAAUAUAAUAACAAGAGAGGAAUUACUACAGCGGGCUGUCGAUCUACAUAAAGAAAACAGUGAUUUUUAUAUGCGUCUACGCGAUGCAGAAAAAGAGUUAAAAAAAGUUUAUGAGACAAAUUGUUAUUUGGAAUCCGAAAUUCAGAAAAAGGAAGAAAAAAUUAUUGAACUAAAUGAAUGCGUUCAAAAAACAAGAGACAUUGAAAUUGAUACAGCUGCACAUUUGUUUACCCUAAAGAAAGCAUUAAAAGCUGAGCAAACUCUUACUAGUCGUUUAAGAGAAAAAACAGCUUCUUUGCAACUCCAACUGUUUGGUUUUUCAAGCAAUACUGGUCACACUAUGAAAAAAAAAGACUUUACUCCCGUUUCACUCGAUAUUUGUUUACUCAAAAAAGCAUCGAGUGUUUCCUAUGAGAACACAAUACAACGGCUUUUGGCUGAAACUCAGCGACAUAUUCUUACAAUAAAACGGCUUGAAAAACAAUUUAAGGAUGAAAUAAGUAAAGGAGUUCGUAAGCAAACUGAAAUCGAAGAUUUAAAAAAAGAACUUUUAAUUAUGACGUGUAUCAAGGCGGAAAGGCAUCAUUUCGAAAAUGAGUUGAUUGCUCAACAAGCUGCUAAUAUGACACAGUUCCAAAUUAUUCAUGAUUUGAAUCAAAAAACUAGUGAAUUAGAAAUACGUUUAGAAGAAAUGAAUAAUUUGAAUUAUGUACCUGUCAAUGCGUAUAUGAAUCAAUCGUUAGAAAACGAUUUAAAAAGUAAAGUAGAUGAUUUAUUAAAGGAACGCACCACACUAUUAACAGAGUUGGAAUCCUUACGUUCUUGCCAUGUUUCACAUAAUGAAAAUAGUUUAUAUAAAAAACAGUUGGACUUAGCUUCUGAGACUAUACAACGUUUACAGACAGAAUUAGCUUGUUGUCAAGUAGAUGCAGAUAAGUAUAAGUCAACAGCUGAUUUUUUGCGUCAUACGUCUGAAGACAAAAGUAAAACAAGAGAGUUUGAGUCAAAGGAAUUAAGAAAUAAAGUUGAAUCUUUACAAACAUUAGUUAAAACUUUAGAAUCUGAAUUGGAAACAUUACGACAAGAAUCGAGGGAAUGGGCCUUAAUAAAGCAACGACAUUUAGAAGAGCAUCAAGCCGAUUCGGAAACUAUUACGUUACUUCGUUCCGAAAAUACACUUAUUCUAUCAGAAAUUGAAGAAAUGCGCAUCAAAAAUCAGGAAAAGCAAAACAAAAUAUGUCAUCUUGAGGACUAUAUAUCCAGUGUUCUUGAACCUCAGAAGGAAAAAUUAUCUUGUGAUAUCCAAAAAUUAGAAGAGGCUAAUGCUGUUUUAAUUGAGAAAGUUAAAGUGAAAACAUUUCUUAUGACCGAAAAAGAAGAACAACUUUCAAUUGAAACAACAGCCCUGAAAACAACACAACGUAGAGUAUGCGAACUGGAAUCUGAGAUGAAAGCCAAUGGUGAAGUUUUAGAAACGUAUAGAAAACGUUUACAAAUCGCUGAGGAAAACUUGAGAAACAAAAAAAAUCUUACGGCACAAUUACGGGCGCAGAUGGAAAAUGACCGAAAAUCCUGUAACGAUUUGGAGAUGAAAUUGCAAAACACAACAGACUCUUUGUUAAAACUAAAAAAAAAUUACACUGAUGUGGAAUCACAAUAUAUGAUGAAAAUGGACGAAUGUAAACAAAUGGAGUUAAAGUUAUCGUUUUAUCGUGUGGAGUUUGAACGUUUAUCUCAUUGUGCUAUGAAUCCUAUGCAAAAUUCAGAGAUAACAAGAGAAGGACCAUGCAGGCAAUUACUACAAGAAAUUCGGUCACAAAUAUCUGCUGGCAAACAUGAACUUGAAUUAUUAGGACAAAACAUAGAAAAACGUUUAGCGGAAAUUCCUAGGUCCACAGGGGAUCAUAAUGAAUUCCAAAUCGAAGAUAUUGUCGAGCAUUUUGAGAAGGAAAAAGUUCAAUCUGCAGCAAAACUUCGUACUAUCACGUUGAGAUUAACUGAAGCGGAAGAUGCGUAUUCAAAAUUACUACGAGAAUAUCAAGGAUUGGGAAAUACUUACACGAUGCUUUUACAACAAUAUACUGAUUUAGAAAAAAAAAAAGCAUCGAAACAAUGCACACCAAAAGGUUCUCUUUCUCCUAGUACCUCAAUAAAGAAUGAAGAUGUUUUAAUUUCAAACCCCAUUAAUAAGGAUAUGAGUAUGAAGGUUACACUGUCAACUAUAAGAACUUCUAAAGAGACGCACCAAGAUAAUAAUAGCAAACACAAGUCGUAUGUCAAACCAUCGCAGCGUAUUGAAACACAUGUUGAGACCUGUGAGGCAAUGUUGAGAAAUGAUACUACAACCUUACCUAGUCGUCCUACGUCGGAAAUGUUUGACACAAUUGGAACCGUUUCUGAAGCAGCUUCUUCUUUCUAUGGUUCACCACACAUUUCUGGUUCCUCUUCGCCCGUUAUGUCUUCUUUACCCUAUGAGACAAUAGAAGGAACUACAUCAAUCGACUUGGCAUGUCCUUCACACAAUACGAAAAUAAACACCGAAGCGAUUCAACCACAUGAGAAGUCACCUAAUCCUAAUAAACGUUCUCCACCACCAAAAAUAAUUCCUAAACCACCUUCUAUCAGUAAAAUGAAUCAUCUUGUGGAAAGUUCGUCUCAGCCUCUAAGACGUCAAGUUAAUUUGAUUAAAAAUGAAGCACCUGUGAUACGAAAAUCUAUUCAAAGAUACAGUUUACGUUCUUCAAUUCAGAAUCCAAACGAACAAAAAAAUGAAUUGGUAACAAAAAGAAAAAGUAUUAUAGGGAAAACUUCUGAUAUGAAAUGUAAGGAAUUCGUGGCAAAAUCCACCUUACCAAGACGUACAUCUGUUAGCAGUCAGUGGUCUACUACUGAACAAUCAACUUUAGCUACCAAUACUUUACUUAAACCAAAAUUUUUAGUUAAGGAACACUCAUUCCCACAUUUUCAAUCAAGCGACACAAUUCAAAAUUUCCCAGAAAAGCGAAACUUUUUCACGGGUCGAAAAUCGUUGGCUGCAGCGACAAAUCCUACAAGUAAACCAUCGUUACCUUUAUUAAAAAGUAAAAGUAUCUCACAACCCAAGCAACUUGCGUCGGUGCAAAGUCUUUUAAUGAAACCAUCUAAAUCUGAUGAUGAAGACACACAAGAAGAACGCGCACAAGAAGAAUGCACACUAUCUCAGGAAACUCCGACGGGUGAACUUAGUACAUUUAGCUCUGCAGUUUUAGCAUCUUCUCUAGGCACACCUUCGUCAUUAAAUAAUUCCUUUGUACUAUCAGGUGAAAUACAAUAUAAUGAUUCCCAAACGAAAAGGUUAAUGUUGAAGCAACAAAGUAAUGAAUUCGAAAAGGAUAUGCUUCUUUCUGUAGCACAUAUUAAUCGUAAACAACCCCAAAUCGCUCCUGGUAAAAAAAAGUUCGCGCAUAAUUCGUCUUUUUCAGGAUUACGCGUGAAUCCAUUAAAGAGUUCAAAGAAUAUAUCUAAUUUUUUUUAAAUUCACAUGAACGAAAAACAAAUGGGUUUGUGAGCAGCAUUUUGAGAGUUGCUAAAAAAAUUUUUUAUAGAUAAAACAUUAACAAGCGAAAAAAAAUAUGUAAUUAAAGUAGACGUUCUUUUUUAGCUUUUUAUAGUUUGCAGCCCCUCAAAACUACCUUAAGUAUUAAAAGUUUGUGUCAAACUAAGAAUCUUA